ACUAACUCUUUUUCUAACCAAGUCGCACUAACAAGCGUGAUGUCAUUUUUCGUACAUCGUGAGAUCGAACCAUCGAACUUGAUCUACAUACUACAACCACAUAUUCAUUUCAUGCUUGUAACAAAUUAAGAUGUCAAGUUCUGGUGUGAAUAAUGUGUUUAUGCAUUGAUUAACAGAUUCCUCAUACCGAUGAAUCACCCUAAUUAACACAUGUGAAUAUUUGCGAACGCAUCCUUCCAGCUCUAUAUCUAGUAUUCGUUUUCCUCUACUAUUGAUAGUUGAUGCAUUUGUAGUGCUGCCAAGAUAAUAACAGUAAACAUGUAUUAACCAAAAAAUGUUUGUUACUUUAAAGCUUCGUGUCCACGAGCAAAUAAUCUUGCUAGAGUUAAUCUCACAAGUCACUUGCGUAGCGUGUGCACGACGUCAUUAGAGAAAUAUUGCAGCAAAAUUACUUGCACGUACGGGGCUUGACUCUUGCUGUGCUUGUAGUGUACACAGUUACUCUCAGGAAGUUAGUUUGCUUAAAAUAAUUUCGAGACUGUUUCGAAAGUUUUGCAGCAAGAGGAAUAGUGUUGUAAAUAAAAUAUGGAGAAGUUCAAUUGGACGAGAGAAGACACGUGUCUAUUAAUUGAAAAUUUUGAAUUAUAUUGAGAAUUAUGGAAUGUACAUACUACAGAAUUUAAGGACAGAAUUAAAAAGCAAAAUGCAUUAUAAAAAUUGGCCGAUUUAUUUAAUACGCCUACAGCGGAAAUUCAAAGGAAGCUACAUAAUUUGAGAACGCAAGUUAACCAAGAGUGGAGAAUAAUUCAAAGAAAAGUGGACAAGGGACUAAUGAAAUAUAUAAGAGUACUUGGGAGUUAUAUAACUCAUUAAAGUUUAUAAUUGACGCAAAGAUACAGAAUACUACGGAAGAUAAUCUGUGAUCCUUCUUGCACGGGACAGUCUGAAGUUAUAUACGCGAUUUGGUCCUGGUUGAUUUUUAAAUGGAUAUGGCUUAAGCAAAUAUGGUUUCAUUGCAGCUACAACAACAAACGGCGACAUAUUUUCUCUUCCUGGAAGCUGCUUUGGAGGGGCAAAUAUAUGGUUCCAAAAAUGCUUCACAAACAGAAACGCAACAUUCAUCAAUAUUUAGAGAAAACAUAAUUCAAGAAUCGCCAAAGAACAAAAUGGCUCUAAAAAGGCUGUAAAAAGAAAGAGUAAGGAAACUGAGGAUGACACUACUUUAGCUAAAGCUAUUAAAGUUAUGGAACGGCCUGUAGAUGACUUUCAAAUAUUUGGAGAUUAUGUAGCAUCAGAGCUCCGUUCCCUACGCUCCGAUCACCUACAAAACUGAAACGAAUGAUACAAAGAGAUAUUUCGCAAGUUUUAGAGUUAUCUGAUCAGGAAGAAACUCAUUCCUUAUCAACAUCGGUUUGGAUCCCGCUUGUAUCUCCAGUAUAUGACACAAGUAGCUCAAAUUCACAGUAUUUUCAUACAUUGCAGUCAUACAAUAAUACCUAUUCUGAUCAACCUCAACCAGGUGUUGGACGUCGAUUGUUGUGGCACCCAGUGAAUUACGGCGCUGGGGCGAGGACGCUGAUAUCCCUAACAGUGCCCAAAAAGCAUGAUCAAACCAGAGCGUUACGUGUAGCUGUGAAUUCACCUGUUGCUAUCUGA